GGCUCGCGUGCCGCUGCUCUGACGUCUGUCUGAACCCCGUGUCUUCUGCAGAGCCGACAGGAGCAGAGAAGCCAAACGAGCUGGACCCGGCGACCGUCAUGCCCCUCGGAGCGGAUUUGCCAGCCUGAGAGCGGGGAUCGCGAGCCAAGAAGCCCUGCCUCCUGGGGCAGCCGCGCGGCCCGGCAGCCAAGGCACCAACUCCCAGGCUCCACUCAGGACCAUGAAAGCAGGCGUGUCUGGGGGCCCCCGAGGGCCGAGGAUGGCUGCCCAGCUCACUCCCCAAAGCCCCCAUAGGACCGCUGCCCCCUCCUAGUGUCCAGGAGGGGCCAUGCCGGGGGAGCAGCCCCAAGGAGCACCGCCUCCAGCCAUGACCGGCGACCUGCAGCCUGGCCAGGCGGCCAGUGGCACGAGGGGCUCCACCCUGCCCCCCAACAAGGACGGUAACCCAGCCGGCAGGACCGCCAAGGCCGCCAGGGAGGCCGGCAGCAGGGCCCAGGCUGUGGACCUCAGGACCAAGCCACAGCAAGCCAGGGGGGUGGAGCCCAAGCCUGCCCCUGUGAGAGCUCACCCCCUGAGCAGCAACCCCGAGGAGGUGGGCAGCCCCCGGGCCCCACCCGGGAGGAGCCCUGCCCAGGCUCGGGCUUGGCAGGCCAGCAGGGCCGGGGAGAGCCCCCAGCAGCUCCGCAUUGUGGGCAUGGCCAGCGCGAGGGCCAGGCCCACCCUGGACGAGACCCCAGAGGGCCUGCCAGUGGAGGCCCCCCAACCCCCAGAGGGGGAGGCCCCCCGCACCCGUGUCAGGCCUGGCCUCCCCAGGGCCGAGGCCCCGCCUGCCCCCAAAGAGCUCAGCUUCCCAGGGCGUGUCCAGGAGCCCCCCUCCAGCUUUACCUCCACAAGCCGUACCUCAGCGAGCACCAGCCCCCGAAGGCCAGGCCCCUACCCAGAGUUCCCAGCUGGCGGGGCCAGCCCCUGGCCCCCCGCCACCGAGGACAGCUUCCAAGGUGCUGGCUUCAGGCCUCCCCCCACCAAGCCAGAGUCCUUUCCUGAAGGCAGCAGCCCGGGGGGGGUCUUUGAGCACCCCUUCCCGCGGGGCACCUCUGAGCAUGAGUACGCCCAGGGGCCCCUGGUGCUGGCCUUCCACCAGCCCCCCGCCGCGUGGCCAGAGGAGGCCGUGGCCGCCAGCACCACAUGCCGGCUGCCCUCCAGGCCUGCUCCCCCACCCCCACCCUGCUACCCCGGCCGGCCCAGUGGCCUCCGUGCCCCCCGGGAUGCGGGCAGGGCUCUCCCUGGCCCUGGCGCUGUGCGCCCAGUGCUCGGCCCCUUCGCAGGAGCCAGGGCCACCUUCCCCGACAGCCUGCACCAGGGCCUGGCGGAAGCCCUCCCAGAGGCUCGGCCAGUGGCCCACGGCGGGCUGGGGAGCCCCAGGGGAUGCUUUCCCGGAGCCAGUGGUGUAGACCCUCCCCUGGGGCCUUUGGACACAGAGCUGGCCCCCCCCGGGCCCUCCCCCACGAGACUGCCCCAACUGUGGGACCCAGCCGCAGCCCCGUAUCCCACGCCUCCUCUGGGCCCCACGGCCGCCCCCGGAGGGGUGUUCUUUGACGGCCAGCCUGGCCUCGGCCAGCAGUUGGGCCUCCCCCACAGUCCCCCGCUGCCCUGGUCCCAGGUGCUCCCGAGCGCCGUGGCCGGCCCCCACCCAGUGGACAUGCUGGGCCGGCCGCCUUUCCCGCCGGACGCCCUGGACUGGCAGGGCAGCGUGCAGGGAGCGCUGGCGGCGGCCGGCAAGCCUCCCGGCGCGGGCGAGAAGCUGGGGCUGCUGGGAAACAGCCCAGGCCAGCACGGCGGCUCCCCCGGGCCCUUCCCCUACAACGGGCUGAAAGACCCCGGAGCCCAGCCCCUGUUCUUUGGGGUGGCCCAGCCCCAGGUCUCGCCUCGAGGGGCCCCAGGCCUGCCCCCACCCAGAGUGGUGGCCGCCUCCCCCAGCGAGUCCCCGCUGCCCUCGCCCGCCACCAACACCACGGGCAGCAGCACCUGCUCCUCCCUGUCGCCUUCCUGCAGCCCCGCCAACCCCAGCUCGGAGGACAGCCAGCUGCCCGGGCCCCCCGCCUUCUUCCAUGCCCCGAGUCACCCCCACCCGCCCCCCGGGCCCUCCCAGGGCCCCCCUGUGCACUACCAGCCCGAGGCCGGCCCCUUCCCCACGGGCAGGCUGGGCGCCCAGGGCGCCUUCAAGUGCCUGGAGGACGCCCCCUUCCCCAGCGUGGGCCCCGAGGUGGCCCAGGGGGUGCUGGAGGGCUUCCCCCAGGGGCUGCCCCCCUACUCCGCCCACCACUUUCCCCUCAGCAGCGCCAGCCUGGACCAGCUGGACGUGCUGCUGACCUGCAGGCAGUGUGACCGCAACUACAGCAGCCUGGCCGCCUUCCUGGAGCACCGGCAGUUCUGCGGCCUGCUCCCGGCCAGGGCCAAGGACCGGCUCCAGCAGCCCCUGGGGCUCCCCACGCCCCCUGCCACCCCAACAGCGGCCGGCGGGAGCCCAAGCCUGCUCAGCCCCGCCAAGGCCGCCCCCUUCCUGCUGGCCGGAGACGUGCGGGAGGACGGCAGGGACGACCCCCUGCGGGGCAGCCUCGGGCCCAGCCUGGCCGCCCACUUCGCGCUCCCCGCCGCAGACCUGGACCUGGAGGACGCCGCCAAGCUGGACAGCCUCAUCACCGAGGCGCUGGACGGCCUGGGCUACCAGUCUGACAGCCCCGAGAUCGAUAGCAGCUUCAUCGACGUCUUCGCCGACGAGGAGCCUCCCGGCCGGGGCCCCGGUGCUGGGCAGCCCCCCAAGGCCAGGGCGGGGGCGGUGCCCGAGAGUGAAGUCCAGCCCCCGCUCCCCACUGCGGCCGACACGGCAGAGCCCCAGGCCCCUCACCUCCGGGACGGGGUGCCCACCACCCACGCUUGGCCCAAAACCCGCUCCCGAGGCCCGGCGCCCGCCAAGGCCGCCAGGGCCAGCCUGGCCAGCAGGCAGCGGGGAGGGAAGCGGCUGACGCGGCUGCGGAAAGAGAGCCAGGCCCCCCGGGGCCGCGCCGGCCCCCGCCACCGGGCCCUCCCCGCGGCGGCCGGCAGCUCGCAGCGCUCUCGGGGGCCGGCGCGGAGGAGGCGGGCGCGGGGCGGCUCGUGGAGCAAGGAGCUCAUCCACAAGAUCCUGCAGCAGAAGAACCAGCCGGGCCCCCGCUGCCGGCGCUGGCCCCGCGGCGAGAAGAGGAAGGAGGGGGACUUGGGGGGCCUCAGAGAAGAGAGGGAGCAGCAGAAGCCCCGGAAGGUCCCGAGGCGGGGAGCCCCGACGGACAAGGGCUCCCCAGGCCCAGAGGAGCCGGCCAGGCCUGGCCUGAGCACCCCCAGCUCUCCUGAGACCCAGCACCCAGCAAAGAGCCCAGAAGCCAGAGCCCCCCAGUACACAGAUGGCACAGCGGCGGCCCCCCAUCAUCCGUCGCGGGCCACCGCCCCGCCUGAGGCCCCAGAGGAAAGCCGACAGUCCGUGCGCCCCGGAGCCCCGGAGCCGCCUCAGCCCGGCAGGGGGGACCCCAAAGGGCCGCCCCCCGGGAGCCCGCCAGGGCCGGGCAGUGCGCCAGGCACGGAGACGCCCUCCCGCGGCGGAGAGGAGCCCGCCCCACGCCCGGCAGAGGCAGGCCCCCCUGGGCACAGCGCCCUGCUCCUGAGGGGCCCCGGCCUCAGCGGCGACCCCGCGCCCUCUCACAGCAGCACCGUGGGGCGCCCGGCUCCCAGAGAGGGGCCCCGGCCUGACCGCAGGACACCAAGUGGAUUGUUCCUGGGACCUGAAGACCCGGCCUCCCGUUUCCACCGGGACCUGUACGCCAAGCCCGAGGCUCCGGACCCCAGCGGCAAGCUCCUGUGCCCGGACGGGGUGCCAGCGCUGCCCCCAAAUGCACCCCGCCCUGUGGAGCUGGCCCCAGGCAGAGCCAAGCCUCCGCUGACCCCGGAGUCCGCACCGCUCUUCCCAGGGCUGCCCGUGGAGGGGCCCCACGCCCCGACCUCCAGCAGCCCCGGAGGCAAGGACACCCACGCGGGCACCCGCCUUGCCCCAAGGAGAGCCCCGCCGCCCCCGCCUCGGCCCUCUGUUCCGCCCAACCACGGCUGGGCCCUGCAGGAGGAGGUGGCCCCGCUGCUGCCCAGCCAGGUGGGCCACGUUCCUGGCCGCCCCGGGGAGCCGGCACCCGGCCAGCGCCCCAGCACAGGCCCAGCCCGCCUGGCCGAGGACGAGCUGGAGAUCAGGAGGCUGGUUGCUGAGCUGGAGAGUCAGCUGCAGAGCGGCCGGGGCGCGCAGGAGGCCCCGGGCCAGCCGCACGGAGCCCGGCUCCAGGCCGCCGCCCCGCUGGCCCAGCCGAGGGCACCCCCGCAAGGGGCAGGAACGGCCGUGGCCACCGUGGAGCGGGCUCUGGGGGGCCCCCGGGAGGAGCGGCCCUCGUUCCACCCCGGAGAGGCAGCCCCGCCGCUCGGUGCCGCCUGCCAGCCGGGUCCCCCCAAGGCUGAGCGGGCUGAGCCCUGUGUCAGCAGAGCGGGGGCCUGCCCGGGGGCCGAGACCGGCGGAGACCGGAGGCCCCAGCACCCGCCCACCGGCCCCCUGCAUCAGCUCCAGCUGCUGGUGGCCAGAUCCGUGAAGCCGGACGCUGACCCUCCGGACCUUCGCGGGGACGGCACGGAAGGCGGGGGCAGGAGCCGCAGCCCCAGCCAGGACUUCCUGGGGGCGGCGCAGGCGACAGCAGGCCGCCCACACCUGGGGCCGCAGGCAGAGGGGCGUCCGGGCUGGCUUGGCCAGGCUGAGGAGCCCGCGGGCCCCAGCGGGGCCAGCCAGCCGCAGCCAGAGACCUGGGGGCACCCAGGGGCGCCAGGCAACCCUGCCACGGUCACCGUCAGCCGUGACAUCAUCACGCUGGACACGCCAAUAGGACACGCAGACCAGGGCCAGGCCACCCCGAGCGCCCCCUCCUGUGCUGCGGGACCGCCGGUCCUGGCCCUUACCCAAACUGGGCCCACCGUCCAGGCUGCGGACCAGGCAGCCGGCCCCAGCCUCAAGGGGCCACCUGCCCUGGCCAGCCCUGCCCCCGCCCCCUGCAGCCGCAGGCCCCUGCCUCCUGAAGACCCUCCCGCGGCACCGGCAGGCGGGCUGACGGGCCUCCCAGCCUCCGUGUCCCGUGGAAGCCCCACAAGCCCCCAGCGUGUGCCGGCCUCUAGUCCCGCCGGGGGCCCUCCCGCAGGAGCCAGCUGCGGCCAAGCCCACGUGGAUCCCGCAGCCCCCCUGGCCUCGAAGACGGGCCCCUGCAGCCCCGAGGGGAGCCCAGCUGCCCACCCUGCCCUGGACAGCAGCCCCCCGGAGGGCCCGCCUGCGCAGCCACCCUGCCUCACCGACACCCUCACCCCCGCCUGUGUGGAGGGCCGCCCAGAGGACAGCUCCGCAGGGGCCCCAGCGGGGUCCAGAGGAGAGAGGCCGAGAGGGUCUCCCCCAUCGAGGGCCGUGCCCUCCCCGGAAGACGUCCAGGCUGCGGCUUCUCCCGGCAUUCCCACUGCAGAGGGCCCAGGGGCCGUCAGGGGGCCCGGAGCCGGGGACCCAGACACCCCAAGCAGCACCGUCCAACGUGGCCACAGGGAAGGCCAGAGGGUCGCUGCUGUGCCCUCUGACCGUUCCACACCAGGGCCUGCAGCGCCAGCUCACGCCCCCUGCCCAGUGGGCAAGGCGGGGGCCAGCCUCCAGGGACAGGAGGGCCUACGGACUCAGAGGCCCGGGAGCCCUGGUCUUACCAGAGCCCUGGAGACCAGCAGCAGAGGCCCCCCUGCCACCUGCCCCUCCACAGGGCCCCGCACAGGCAGAGACACGUCCCCCGGCAGCCCCACUGGCAAGCCCAGACCCAGCUCCCCCCAGAACCUCGGAAGCAGCCUCCACCAGACACCCCAGGGCGACUGGAAGGAGCCGCCGGCUUCAGGGGAGAGCAGCAGCUGGAAGGAGCGGGCCCCCAGCGGCCAGCCCCCCACCUGCGAGGUCUGCGCGGCCUCCUUCCGCUCAAGGCCCGGCUUGAGCCGCCACCGGGCCAGGAAGCACGGACUGCAUCGGGGGGCUGCCUCCCAGCCCGGGCCCCCGGCCCCGCCCCCUCGCCAGCCUCAGGACCCCUCGGAAAAGAAAAGCCGCAGGAGCCCUGGGAAGGAGAGACGGAGGCAGGCGCUGAGCGGCCCCCGCCGCGCUGCGGGGCCACCCCUGUCCAGGGCUGCUCGGCUCCGCUGGACGCCCCAGCGCCCGGCACUUCCCUGGGCGUGCCGGGAGCGCCGGGCUGCCCCCCUGGCCGGGAGACGCCCGUCAAGCGAAGGGCCCGCAGGGGACAGCCGCCUGGGGCUCACCCAGGACCCGCACGGCCCCCGCGCCGCCUCCCGGGGCAGGGGCCGGCCGGGGCGGGGCCAGAGACAGCCCGGGACGGCGGGAACCGGCCAGGACCCGCCCUGGGGACGGUCUGCAGGGGGCCGCGGGGUGCCUGAGUGCAGCUCGGGGCAGGGGCUCAGGGAGGCGCACAAGCUCCCCUCGGGCCCCUCCGGCCCAUCCCAGGUUUGUGCUGAAGCAGGCGGCGUCCCCCAUAGCUGCUGUCCAGGAGACGGGGCCCGGGAGCAGAAGGGCACCCCUCCCGCCACCCCCAGCCCGGGUCUCGGGGACCCUCUGAGCUUGGCCCAUGAUGAAGCUGCCUUUUCCCAGCUUUUCCCUCUGGCCUUGACUCGGAAGAAGCAGCCCCGCGUCUGUGGGAAGAGCGGUAAGAAGCCGAAGCCGCCCGCACCCCUGGAGCCCAGGGGCAAGGUGGGGGACAGUGUGGCACUGCCCCCCGCUCACCCACCCACAGACCUCAGAGACUCGGGCUCUCUCUGCCUGUCCCGCGAGGACCCGUGGGGUGCUGAGGCCGCGGGCCUGCCCCCGGCCUUCCCGCUGGACGGCUUCCUCGGCAGCCCGGCGCCCGGCAUCGAGCCCUGGGCCCCCUGCCCCAGCCUGUGGGGUCUGGAGCCCGGCCGGGAGGCGGCUGGCGACACGCGGGCCCCCCCUGGGGCCAAGGACCGCCUGUCCGACAGCAUCCCGGAGCUGCACAUGGUCCCGGCCGCCUGGCGGGGGCUGGAACCGCUUGUGCCCAUGGAGGACGCCGCCCCGAGACACGAGGGCGUCAGAGACACGAGCCCCGAGCCCCCCAACCUUGAGCGAGAACGCUGUGCCGGCGCGUCUCCCGGCGACGCCCUGCCCCUCCCCACACCCGGCGCCACGCUGGAGGGACAGGCCCUGCGUCCCCCGGGGCCCCGUGAAGGCCCCGCCAGUCCCCCCAGCCUCAGCUUCCUGGGCCCGGAGGCUGCGGCCAAGGUGGGGAACCCAGGGCCGGAGGGGGCGGCGGCCAGCCCCAGGCGGGGGGAAUCCCGGCCGGCCAGAGCCCGGCGGGCGGCCUACAAGUGCAGGGUGUGCUUCCAGCGCUUCCUGGGCCUGGGCGAGCGGGACCUGCACCGGCUGGCCCACAGCCCUGCGCCGCCCCCCACCUGCUACAUGUGCGUGGAGCGCAGGUUCGGCUCCCGCGAGCUGCUGCGGGAGCACCUGCGGGAGAAGCACGUGCAGAGCAAGGCGGGGCCCUGGGCCUGCGGCAUGUGCCUGCGGGAGGAGGCCGACGUCUGGAUGUACAACGAGCACCUGCGGGAGCACGCUGCCCGCUUCGCCCGCCGGGCACCCGCGCGGAGGGCCCCUGGCGGCUGGCCGGAGGCCUGGGAGGGCGGCCGCACAGCCGCCUGCCUCCUGGGCCGUGUCCUGGGGCCGUCCCCCGCUGGCACAGCCCACGCUCCAGGGCCGGAGGCCCCGGAGGACGGCCCUAGGGAGCAGGCGAAGCCCCGGGGUGGCGCCGCCACACCCGCCAGCUCCGCCACUCAGCUGGAGCCCCCCCCCGCCCGGGGGCCGGGACGCCCCCUCUGGCUCGGGCCAGACGCCCCCCAGCCCGCCCCCCAGCCCCUGCCCGGCCCCGGCCCCGGCGGCGAGCCCCUGCGCCCCGCCAGGCAGGUGCACGCGGACUGCAAAGACCCGGCCCGGGACUGCCACCACUGCGGCAAGCGCUUCCCCAAGCCCUUCAAGCUGCAGCGCCACCUGGCGGUGCACAGCCGGCAGCGCGUCUACCUGUGCCCGCAGUGCCCGCAGGUCUACCCCGAGCCCGGCCAGCUGCGCGCACACCUGGGCGGGGAGCACGGCCUGGGCGAGGAGCUGCCGCUGGAGCUGCCGCACACGCCGCUGUACGCCUGCGAGCUCUGCGCCAGCGUCACGCGCAUCAGCCGGCGGUCCUUCGCCUGCAGCGCCUGCAACUACACCUUCGCCAAGAAGGAGCAGUUCGACCGGCACAUGGACAAGCACCGGCGGCGGGGCCGGCCGCCCUUCCCUUUCCGGGGCGUGCGGAGGCCAGGGGCCCCCGGGCACAGGGCCCCAGCCUCCCCGGGCACGCUGCCCAGCAAGCGGCGACGGGUGGCCUUGCCCUGCAGCCCCCCGGAGCCCAGCAGGGAUGCACCCCCAUCCCUGCUCCUGCCCUGCCCCGAGGGGGCUGCCGGCACCUCCGAGGGACAGCCUAGGGCCCCAGAGAGGCCCACGGGGCCGCUGGGCCCCCGGGGCAGGGCUGGCAGCCUUCCAUCGGGCCUGCAGACGCUGCUGCCCCCGCCUCUGACUCCCUUCCCUGCCGUGGCCGACGGCAAAGGUGGCCACGAGCCAGACCGAGUCCCGGGCGGCUCCCGGAGGGAGGCUCCCGCAGGCAGCCCCUGGCCGUGGGUCCAGCAGGCCACCCCGCUGGAGGGGCGUCUGCCCCAGCCAAGGGCCAGGGGCCAAGGUGCAGAGGGAAGGAGGGCGGCUGGGCCCCUCUCAGGGAGACGUGGGCCCCCCGGAGCUGCUGGCAAAGGUGGCCCUGACCAUCGCCCCGAAGCCCCCACCCCUCUCCGGAAGGAAAAGCAAGUGUCCACGAGCCACGUGGCGCCCCAGGGGGACACAAGGUGCCCCUCUGAUCAGAGCAGCGCCGCCAAGGCUGGGGGCGGCCAGCGUCUGUCGAAGCAGACGUCCACCCCGCCUGCCCCCAGCAAGGCACCCGCGUUCCCAGAGACACCAAAGACGGCGGCAGCGAGCCCGGCACCCACCGCGCCGGCCCCCGGCACCGAGGCCAGGGGGAUGCCCAGCACCCUCAAGGCCAGGCCGGGCCCCCGCUCCCAGGGUGGCGGAGAACCAGGGCACCGCGCCAAGGCCGCUGGGGGCAGCCAGCCCCAGCCGGCCAGCGGGCAGCUCCAAAGCGAGACGGCCUCCACCCCGGCCAAGCCCGGCCAGCCGGGCCAGAGCCCCACCCCCGACAAGCUUGCCCCGAGGGCCACAGCCCGGGGCUGCCCCCAGGGCCCCGGGGAGGACAGAGAGGGCGCGGAAAGAAAGAGGAAGAGCCGGGCCCCCCGGCCAGCCAGGAGCAGAGGUGGGGGCAGUCCCCGGAAAGCCCCCGCGGGCCCCCGGAAGCAGCUGGCUCCCAGCCGCGUGCUCCCCACCAAGCCCCGGCCCGGCAGCCAAAGCAGCAAGACGCGCUCACAGCCGUCGGCCCCGCGGGAGGGGGAGCCCGCCCAUGCCCACAGGGGUGCCCGGCAAGGAGGGCUGGGCCAGGCCUUCCCCCCGGCGAGACCCCUGCACAGGUCCCUCAAGAGGAGCAGAGCUGUCCUCGGCGCCGGACUCGCCGCUCCCCAGGCCCGCCGCACGGCCGAGUCGCAGAGCAGCCUGCUCAGCCAGCUCUUCGGGCAGCGGCUCACCAGCUUCAAGAUCCCGUUGAAGAAGGGCGCCGCCGAGUGAGCUGCAGCAGCAGCG